UCAGCUCUGUUUGACAUGAUCGAGUAUUAUGAGUCCGCCACACAUCUCAACAUCUCCUUUAACAAGCACAUUGGCACGCGGGGAUGGCAGGCAGCAGCUCACAUGAUGCGAAAGACGAGCUCUCUGCAGUAUCUCGAUGCACGUAACACACCCCUGCUGGACCACUCGGCUCCCUUUGUGGCACGAGCACUCAGGAUCAGUGGCAGCUUGGCAGUUCUCCACCUGGAGAAUGCAGGCCUGUCUGGCAGACCGCUCAUGUUACUGGCCACGGCUCUGAAGAUGAACAUGAAUCUGCGGGAGUUGUACCUGGCAGACAACAAGCUCAGUGGCCUGCAGGACUCAGCACAACUUGGCAACCUGCUCAAGUUCAACUAUAACAUCCAGAUCCUGGACCUGCGUAACAACCACAUCCUAGACUCUGGUCUGGCCUACGUGUGUGAGGGACUGAAAGAACAGAGGAAAGGCCUUGUCACUUUGGUGCUAUGGAACAAUCAGCUCACACACAAUGGCAUGGGCUACCUAGCUGCUGCACUGCCAUGCACCCAGAGUCUGGAGACUCUGAACCUUGGCCAUAACUCGGUGGGUAAUGAAGGGGUCCACAAGCUUAAAGACGCACUGAUUGCCAACCGCUCUGUGCUCAGACUGGGCCUUGCUUCCACCAAACUGUCCUGCGAAGGAGCGGUGGCGGUGGCUGAAUUUAUCGCUGAGAGCCCCAGACUGCUGCGCCUGGACCUUCGGGAGAAUGAGAUCAAGACAGGUGGACUGAUGGCCCUGUCACUCGCCCUGAAGGUCAACACCUCUCUGCUGCGUCUCGAUCUCGACCGGGAGCCCAAGAGAGAAACUGUGAAGAGCUUUAUUGAGACCCAGCGUGGGCUGCUAGCUGAGAUCCAGAAUGGUUGCAAGAGGAACUUCAUCCUGGCCAAAGAGAAGGAGGAAACCGAGCAGAAGAUGAGGCAGUCAGCAUCCAUGGCUGAAAUUGCAACAGAGGAUGGAACCAGAGAAGAAGAGGAGGAGGAAGAACCAGCAUCAGAGGAGAAAGAUGACAAGGAGGGGAAAGAGAGAGAAGUAGAGGAGAGUGAAACGACAGGAAAUGAAGAACAGGGAAGCAGCCAGUCUGGAGCAAGCUCUGAGACGAAGGUGGAGUCUGAUUCAGACACUGAGGAUGAGGAGGUGAUAACAAAUUCCUGCUCCACAAACUCAAACCAGACUGCUCCUCAAACCCAGCAGAGGGCUGUGCAGCCCCCCCCCAGUGCCUCUGGGACGUCCUCGUCCCCGUCUGCUUCACCUGCAGGAGGACAAAGUGUCAUUCCCGGCAUCACCGUCACAGAAUCCGCAGCUCCCCCUGGCACUCCUCCAUCUCCUGGUCGCUGUAUAUCAGUCUCAAGCCCGGGCCGGGGUCGUAAGAUCUUCACGGUUACCCGGGUGGAAAGCCCCCCCGAGCAGCAGCAGUUGCAACUCCAGAAAACUUCACUGGCACCUCUCAACCAAACUAAAGAUAUCUCAAAGAAUCCUAUGACACAGCAGACGCAGCCACCUCCUGCUGCUCAAACACCUACACAAACACAGCAGACACAAGAGGAGGUGAAGAAGCACUCACCUGCACCCGCACUGUCAACAGACUGUAAAGUGUCAGAGCAGAGGUCUAUAGCACAAUCGGAGUCCACACUAAAUACUCCACAGACCCACAUACUAGAGACACUGGCGACAUGUCCCCCCACAGAAGAUGUAACAGCUAGUACUUUAGACCCCAAAGUCACAGAUCCAAGCCUACAAGCACCGGCUCUGCCCUUGGACUCCUCAGCAGAACAGGCUGUAGCAGUUCAGCUCACUGACGACGUAAUACAGAGCACACAAAGCCCCCAACCUGAAAACACUUCUGUAGAAGGACAGGAGGAGAAGGAAGAAGAUGGCAGAGAACUGAUGUCCCCUGAUUGCACAGGAGAACAGUCAGAUGAACCAAGUCAAACCCAGAAUAGUGUUCCUGGAGUAGACACGCCACCCUUAACACCUGCACUUGAACAGCUACAGAAUGAGCUAGCAUCUACGUCAAACGAGACCCAGUCACCACACCAAAGAGAGGAAGAGGAGGAGAAACAGGAGGCAUCAGCCAGCCCGUCAGAAAUCAAAAACCUCACUUUAACAGAGGAAGAGGACAACCAGCCAAACCAAGAGGAACCAAGUCCAAAGCAGCAAACAGAGGCAGAUGAACAGAGCGUAGAGUUGGUUCUCUCUGUCCUGACUGAUCAACAAGAUCCGUCUGCCGCUCAGAGUGAAAUACAGGAGACUAAUCUUCCAGCAGAAGAAUCCUCAGAGAGUCCAGACUCUGCCACGACUGCCUCCGUCUCCCCAGUCAAAGUGGACGAUUCAGCUGAUGAGAGCUCUGCAGACGAGUGUUUCGCCGAAGCUCUGGACGGAGAGGAGCCAGGAGAGGAGGUAAAUUCAGCUCUACCCAAUGGCCUGAAGUCAGAGUUCUCCCUCCAUCUUCUCGACGCUGAGAACCCCAAACCUGGCAACUGUGUGAUUGAGCACGUGAGUGUGAGCUGUGGACAGGACCUGGAGGAGCUGCUGCUAGAGGCCAGUUUGGAUACAGGAAGAGACGCACCAUGAGGUUGUGAGGACCGUGAGGACAUGAGAGAACAGCACUCAGAUAGUUUGUCUGGCUCUGCUGCGUGACUCUUAAACCUCCAAUGUUUCUGUCGUUUCUUUGACUUUACCACCAACAUAACCUUUCCAUAAAGGACAGACGACCUGGUGUUACAGUCAAAGCUCCGCGUGCGGAAACACAAGCAACUUAUGGAAAACACACAAAGGACAAAAAUAUAACUGUGGAGCUGAGACAAAUACAGAAUCCUCUACAUCCACACUACAUCCACCACAAAAACACACAUAUGUAUAUGCACACUGAGUAUGAGAAAGAGGAGGGGAGAAGAAGAAGAAAGUCACCAUGUUAUCACUACAUUUUGUUAUAUCUGCAAACUCAACACACAAAGCAUCUGCCUGUGACGGACAGAGAAUGGAGGACAAAGGAGGAAGGAUGAACCCUGAACCAAAGACAGAACACCGACCUUUCCCACGAACCAUACUCGCUGUCUUAUGUACUGACUGUAUUUGGGGAAAUAACUAGCAAUUAAUGGGUUUUUAUAACAGAGACAUAACGAGGACAAUGAGAAAAGUAUAGUUGGUGUGAGACUCAGAAGACGAGAUAAUAGUCGAGGACGGCGCUGCGGGGACAUGCUGGCUUUACACACUUGUUCUCCAAGUGGAAGUCGAUCACCAUCAGAGGCUUUUAAAUUCACGGAAGCUGAAGAUGUUAACGUGUCUGUUUAAAUGUUAGCGUUUUACGUCUGUGUCCCCUCCCACAAUUAACUCUAAAAAACAACUCUAAGGGACCUUUGCCAAAGUGGUUUUCCUCUGGUCUGUUUUCUUGUCCUCUGCUCACUUUGGCCCCUCAGGAAUCAGCACCCCCUCCCGCUGAUGUGGAGGAGCUGCGACCGUCUGCCGUCGGCCUCCGCUAAAACA